AUGUAUACCCAUUCUCAAAAGCUUCCAAAAACUGACCCUUUUUUCCUCUCUAAACAACAAUCCCUUUACCCAAAUGAACCAAUUGAUCAUCUCUGCAUUGACUCCACUAAUUAUCUUGACCCACUUCACUCUUUUUCUGAAUUUCCAACUCCAGAACAUGAUCAGAAAUCCCCUGUUCUUGAAGGAAUUGCAGCUGUAGUUGGAGAACAUGUUCUUUUUGGCAGCUGUAAUAAUAAAAACAAGAGAAGUGUUGAUCAAAAUUCUGAGAGUACUACUGCAGUUUCGAUUCUGAAGCGCACGUGCCAUGCACCUGACAAAUACAGAGGCGGCGAGGGGAAAGAAGAAAAGAGAAAUGUUCCAGUGGAGAGGAGCUACAGAGGAGUGAGGAAGAGGCCGUGGGGGAGGUGGUCAGCGGAGAUACGUGACCGUAUAGGGCGGUGCCGUCACUGGCUUGGAACUUUCGACACGCCGGAGGAGGCUGCGCGUGCAUAUGACGCGGCUGCUAGAUGGCUGAGAGGGUCAAAGGCGCGAACCAACUUCCAAAUUCCUCCAGUUGUGCCUUUGCCUUUGCAUUCAUCACCAACAUCAACUUCAUCCUCUUCGAAUACCUCUGCUGAAGAGAAAAAGAACAAGAAAAAUAUACCUUGUGCUAAACGAAAUACACCUAAUAAUAACAGGAAAUGCUCAGUGGUAACUUCAGCUGCCCAUCUUUUCAGCUCCAGCAGUACACCUGCUGUGGAGCUUGAUCUCAAGCUGGGAAUUGGGAAGAAGAGUAGCUAG